CUGACUGAUUUCGAGAGGCCCUACCAGGGCCCUCUGACUGAUUUCGAGAAGCCCUACCAGGGCCCUCCGACUGAUUUCGAGGGCCCCUACCAGGGGCCUCUGACUUACCACAUGCCCCGGGGCAUGGAGAAAAUGGUGGAGUCUGUGGUUGGAAUGAACUCCCUCCCAAAAGAGCUGGCGCAUGUUUUCAUGGAGGAUUCUGAAGAUGAUUUGACAUUUCACGGAUUUUCUGACACCGAACUAAAGGAAACGGAAGCCCAGCCUGAGUCCACUGCCAUGAAGCAGGAAGCUACAUCACAACCAUCCACUGGCCCUCCACCUUUCAGGCUGAGAGUUGCUUUGCGCUCUGCCUCCUCUGCCCAUCAGCCACCAGACAAUGAGGAUGCAGAUGUGGAAGCAAAUAGACCAAGAAGAGGAGUGAAGAGGCCAAGACAGAGAAACACAGAGAAACAUUUCAAAUAUGAGAACGAGGAGACAGCAGUGACUCUGCCUUCUCUGUCAGAGACGCUCGGAUCUGAUUCAGAAGAUGUGGCAGACGCGUUCCUGGCCAAAAGAGAGGAAAACAUCAGGGCUAACAAAGCAGUGUUGGCUCAGCUCAUGGCAGAUCUGGAGAAAAUACCAGGAGGAGCUGGAGGUCUGAUAAAACAAUCAAGCAAACAGAAAACAAAAGGGAAACAAUCACGACCACCACGCUCUGGUGCGACUGGAGGUGAAUUCAGGAGGAACCCUGAUCGGGCAUCUCGCAGACAGACCCGAUCUAUGGGCAGAAGUAAGGAUCCUUCAACCCCUCUGGAGGAAAAUGUGGAGCUCAGCUUAGAGGAAGAGCUGCUGGAGGUACGACAUUCUCCUCGGCGUCGUGGCAACCCACGUCCUUCUCAGAGCAAGCCUCACAUAAUCCGUCCAGUGGAGGACAUCACAGAGGAUGAGCUUCUGCUGGUCGCGGACAAUAUGACAGACAAAGUGUACAACAGUGUCACAGGCUCCACCUGCCAUCAGUGCCGGCAGAAAACCACGGACACCAAGACGUGCUGCCGCAGCGAGGACUGUCGGGGGAUCCACGGUCAGUUCUGUGGGCCGUGCCUGAGGAACCGAUACGGGGAGGAUGUGAAGAAGGCGCUGCUCGAUCCGGAGUGGAAGUGCCCUCCAUGCAGAGGCAUUUGUAACUGCAGUUUCUGCCGCCAGCGUGAGGGCCGCUGCCCAACGGGCAUCCUGUUCCCCCUGGCUCAGUAUCACGGUUUCUCUGAUGUUCACUCCUACCUCAACAGUCUGUGUGGAAACCUGAAGGGUGAAGAGAAUGUGGAGAUGUGAUUUUAGGGAGCAGUUGUUCAAGAUGUUGAGAGUGUUGUUUUUAGUCCAUGUAACAUAUGCCUGCAUUUCAAAUAAAUUUGUUUCUAAACUACA